CACGGGGAGACGUGCUCGUUGGUACAGUGUAGUGGCACGUCAAGAUUGUGUGAUGUUUUCAUUCCAGAGCGCCGCUCUCGUCGCAGCCAUGCUGUUGGCGGUGGUGUCCAGAGUUCUCUGCCAGGCUGUUACGCAAGCUAACCUUCGGUCGUCCCCGACCUUUGCCUCCUCCUUCGCACGGACUUUCACAGCCGCCACUCCAUCAUCAUGCGGCGGAGAAAAAAAGGAGAACGAUCAAGCCUUCGUGGUGACCCACUCGCAGCUGAAGACGAUGCUGACUAACCGUGACAUUCAGCUUUUCGAUGUCAGAGACCCGGAUGAACACCAGGAAGGGCGCAUUCCUCAGGCUGUCAACCUCCCAUUGGGAGUCCUGGAGGAGUCUCUGAAGCUUCCAUCUGAUCACUUUGAGCAGAGGUUCAAGGUGAAGGCUCCUGAGAAGGAGGACGCCAACAUAGUGUUCCAUUGCAGGACAGGCAAAAGGAGCUUCCAGGCUCUGGGGAUUGCACACCAGCUGGGAUUUCACAAGGCUAGACAUUACAAAGGAGGCUACGUUGAGUGGGUUAAACAAGAAGGAAAAUGAAUCCAGACUUGAAUGUCUUUCACACUCCUGUCUUUGUUUUUUAUUGUUUGGUUUUUGUGUGUGUGGUGUUUUUAAAAAGAUAUUGACUAUACAGAAUGUAUAGCAAGAUUGCACGGACUUAACACUCGAUGUUUUAUGACAUUUAGACUGUUACACGUUUUUAAACUGAGCUGAAUGUUUCUGCUUUUAUAAAUAAAUAAAGAAACUACAAACUGCC